AUGCGCCUAGCGUCCCUCGUCCCCUCCAUACCUAUAGAGGUUGUCGCGCAUUUGGAAAACUCCGGAUUUCGUACAGAUGCGGAUGUCCUCUUUACGCCAGCAUUUGAUAUUUUCACAGUUUUGCCACCAAAAACACUCUCAUUGCGGGACGUCGCGGAACUUAUCUCACGGGUUGAAGAACUCGCUUCUGCUGCUGCCGUUCCCGCAAAUGAUCUACUUCUCUUGGAUAAUCUAGCCCGCGAGCAGGAUUUUGAUUUGUCCACAGGAGACCCUCAACUUGAUGCAAACCUUCUUGGUCUAGGUGGCCGCACUGUUAUUGAAAUAUCAGGAGACAGAGGGUCUGGAAAAACGGCUUUUGCUUUGAACGUUAUCCUCCACCACCUGACCUGCCACCCCAAUGCCACCGCCGCAUGGAUCGACACGACAGGAGACUUCUCACCAAAGAGGGCUAUCCAGGUACUCGAAUCGUAUGCCGCAGAGGCACCUUUGGCGGCUCUUGAGCGACUACAAGUUUCAUUGGCAUUCGAGGUUGAGGUUGCUCGGGGAAUUCUCGAGGAGUUGAACCAACUUGGCAACCUUCGAUACAUCGUCAUUGAUACAGUGACGUCACUCCUCAGUCCUCUCCUGAGCGCGGGAUCGUCGCAAGGUCAUGCUAUGAUGUCCGAGUUCAUGUGCAAUCUUCGUACCCUUUCGCAAAGCUGUGGCAUCACAGUAUUGGUAGAUCCUCCUUUUGGGAUAUAUGAAAAAAUCAAAUUAACUGCCAAUGGCGAAGGUUAUCAACAGCACAACGAGUAUCGACCCAACGGGUACUGCACCCUGGACCGGACGAAAGCCCGCACUAGGCCCGUCAUUUGCAUUCAUGACGGACGCUACGCUGUGGUUUUCUUCGCAGGCUGGUACCACCAAAGAAAGUCAUGA